GAAUGGACUGAGCAAAAAGUUGGUACGGCAUUGACUGUCACUAUUAUCACACUGCAAGAAAUUAGAAAAACGAUGAAUACUACAGCUCAAUAACUUCAGCACAUAAACGAAUUCCCCAUUUUCUUUCUUUAUAUAAGAAAGACUAAGAAGAUCCAAAUGAACAUCCCGCAGCUUCUACUAUACUAAAUAGAGCUAUGGCAAUUAAAUGUGCUUUAGCCUCCAUCUUGGUCCAUCUAGUUCUAGCCAGCUUACCGACUUACACCAUUGGCAGCCGGUUGCUGCCACACAACCGAAGCAGUUUUCCGCCUGGUUUUAUUUUUGGAGCCGGUUCUUCUGCUUAUCAAUCCGAAGGUGCAGCACUGAUAGAUGGCAGAGGACCAAGCAUAUGGGAUACUUUUGUGAGGGAACAAUCAGAAAAAAUUAAGGAUCGCAGUACAGGAGAUGUAGCUGACGAUUUUUAUCACCGUUACAAGGAGGACAUAAAACUAAUGAAAAAGAUUGGUCUGGACUCCUUCAGGUUCUCCAUUUCGUGGAGUAGAAUCUUACCAAAUGGGAAAAUCAGUGGAGGUGUGAACCAGAAAGGUGUUGAUUUCUACAAUUUUAUCGUUGAUGAGUUAAUAUCAAAUGGCAUUCAACCCUUAGUGACUCUAUUCCAUUGGGAUGUUCCUCAAGCCAUUGAAGAUGAGUAUGGUGGAUUCUUAAGCUCUGAAAUUGUGGAUGAUUAUCGCAAUUACGCGGAUUUUUGCUUCAAAGAAUUUGGUGAUAGAGUAAAGUAUUGGGUGACUAUAAACGAGCCUGACAUAGUAGGUCUUAAAGGGUAUGCAUCAGGCAUUAAUGCACCCGGUCGGUGUUCUAGCUACAUCGGAAAUUGCACGGUGGGGAAUUCUGCGACAGAGCCAUAUAUGGUGGUUCAUAACAUGAUUCUUUCUCAUGCAGCUGCUGUAAAAUUAUACAGGGAGAAAUAUCAGGCUUCUCAAAAGGGUAAACUUGGGAUUACAGUAUCAGUUAGAUGGAUGGUGCCCAAAUACCCCACAGUUUCUUGCAGAAAGGCAGCCUCUACUGCUCUUGAUUUUUCAUUUGGAUGGGUUGUUCAUCCCUUAGUAUAUGGUGAAUAUCCUGAGAGCAUGAGAGACUUGGUGGGGACUCGAUUGCCUAAUUUUACAGAAGAAGAAACAGAGAUGGUCAAAGGGUAUUUUGAUUUUGUUGGAAUAAAUUAUUACACUGCAAGAUAUGCAGAAGAAGCCACAUCUUAUAGUAGCAUCUACCUAAGUUAUACUACAGAUAGUCGAGUUAAUCUAACAACUGAGAAAAAUGGGAUUCCUAUCGGUCCACAGGCUGCUCCUAGUUGGCUUUACGUUUACCCAAAGGGAAUUCGAGAAAUUUUGCUAUAUACAAAGAGUAAAUACAACAAUAUUCCCAUUAUUGUCACUGAGAAUGGGAUGGCUGAUCCAAAUAAUAGCUCCAUUUCCAUUAAUGAUGCUCUAAAUGAUAAUUUGAGGAUCAAAUACCAUUUUCUUCAUCUAUCAUAUCUGUUAGAAGCUAUUAAAGAUGGAGUUGACGUAAGAGGAUAUUACGUGUGGUCAUUUCUAGAUGACUUUGAGUGGGAACUUGGUUAUACGGUUCGAUUUGGCAUUAAUUUUGUUGAUUAUGAAAAUGGAUUGAAAAGAUAUUACAAGCACUCUGCUUUAUGGUUCAAAGAUUUCCUCCAAAUGGAGAAUGUAACUUCCUCUUCUUUGUUGUAUUCUCAAUGAUUGAUGGAUUAAUUUCAUAAUACUAUAUAUUCAAUAUUGUUUAUUUAGUGAUAUAAUUAUGUUCUAUAAA